AUGGCCGAACAACCAGACUUGACUACCUCGGUCAUCAAUGCACACGGCGGAAUGCAGCGCUGGGAGGAAGUCCAAUCAAUCGAACUGAAACUCGACUGGAGGGGUGAUGCACUCGUAGCUAAGGGUCCACCUGGCUAUUACCAUGCAACAUGCCAUAUCGAUACCAAGAACAUCAAAGUGACUUUCCAGGGCCUAGGCCAUGGAAACAGCGACGAUCGACAAGUGUAUACACGAAAGAGUACGUGGAUAGAACACGGGGGUGGCACUAUCAUCGCCUCAAGAGACAAUCCGUAG